AUGUUUUCUAGACGAAGAUACCCACCCAGCAAAGUAUAUCCCGAAGGGUACGCCGAGGCGCUGGAGCAACAGCAGAAAUGGCUCGUUUGCGGUCUUCAAGAACUUUAUCGACGGAUAUGGGCAAGAGAGGGCUGUUCCGGAGACACUCUAGGAUACGAAUUCAAUGAAAAACCUCUCACGCACGAUUUACUCGUACGACUAGGUGCUAUGGACCAAGAUUACAACAACCGUUUUGAUGAAGACUUAGAGGCAAUGCGACAACGCUUUUGGGGGCACAGCAAAAAGCUCACGCCAGGAUCGGACGUCUGUAAAGACAGCUCAGAUACCGUCAUCCCAGACCAGAACCGUUUACUAAUCUCUCGAAGCUAUGGCUACACUCGAUCAACACAAUCCCAGGAGUUUAAGGCCGGGGCCGACCAGACAUCAUUGCCAGUACAUAAUGCCAGCAGUUCGGACUACUCCCAAGCUCAUCUUCCAUCUGGCCUGUUCGCCGAGAUGGAAAUCAUUGAAACCCUAAGUUACAGCGGUCCAGUGCGUAACGAAAACCAGGGGGCCAUAUUGGACCGUUCUUCUGAGAUCGACUGUGUGCCAUUCAUACAGCUUACAGACCCCAGGAGUGACUGCAACGAAUGUAGCCCACUCCUCACCUUGGACACGAACUUCUCAACAUGGGCAGAGUCGUCGUGGGGGUCUUCGCUCUACUCCUCGCAGCCAUUCUUCGAUCCUAUAUUUGAGGAGCAGCUAGAGUAA